AUGCAAAUCAAGAACGUUCUCACUGGCCUUGUUGGCCUGGCUGUCCUGGCUGACGCCGCUUCAAUCGAGCGCCGAUCUCCUUUCGGUCGUACUCUGGCUCGUCGCCAGAACAACUUCGGUCAAAACAAUGGUCAAAACAAUGGUCAGAACAAUGGUCAGAACAAUGGUCAGAACAAUGGUCAGAACAAUGGUCAGAACAAUGGUCAGAACAAUGGUCAGAACAAUGGUCAAAACAACGGCCAAAACGGUGGCAACAACGCCAACAACGGAGGCAAUGCUGCUGGUGCGACCCUGGAUUCCAACCUGAUCCAGACUGGCUCCCAGCAAGACGGCAACAACCCUGGUGCCGAUGGCCAGUCCGCUUCUGCUACUGACAACUUCAACUUCAUCAACUUCUGUCAGGGCAAGACUAUCACCAACGGUGAGCAGGUUAAGACCGGAUCUUGCAAUGGUAUCCCCAUGGGCAACAUCCCCUCUACAGAGAACAUGGUCUCCUCUGUCUUUGUUAACCCCCAGGACGGUCAAAACAUUGCAGAGAACACCACCUUCAACAUCCAGGUGCAAAUGAUCAACUUUGCCCCUGGUACCUUUACCAACGCCACCUCUACCUACUACGCCGCUCCUCAGGACGUUGAUGGCAACGGCAACAUCAUUGGCCACACUCACGUCACUGUCCAGAGCACUGGUAACACCCUGAACCCUACCCAGCCUUUGGACCCCAAGCUGUUCGCCUUCUUCAAGGGUAUCAACGAUGCUGGUAACGGCCAGGGUCUUCUGUCUGCUGAGGUUACCGACGGUCUUCCCGCCGGAAACUACCGUGUCUGCUCCAUGUCUUCUGCUGCCAACCACCAGCCUGUGCUGAUGCCUGUGGCUCAGCGUGGUGCUCAGGAUGACUGCGUUCGUUUCACCGUCGGUGGAAACGGCAACAAUGGUAACAACGGUGGCAACGCCAACAACGGCCAGGGUAACGCCAACAACGGUCAGGGCAAUGCCAACAACGGUCAGGGUAACGCCAACAACGGUCAGGGCAAUGCCAACAACGGACAAGGCAACGCCAACAACGGCCAGAACGGACAGGCUGGUAACAACGGCCAGGAUGCUGGUAACACCAACAAUGCUGGCCAGGCUAACAACGGUCAGAAUGGUCAGGCUGGUCAAGGUAACGCCAACAACGGCCAGGGCAACGCCAACAACGGACAGAAUGGCCAGACCGACCCCAACGGCACAAACAACGCUUCUACCCCUGACCAGACCACCACUGCUGCCGCUGCCGCUACCACUGCUGCUGCUCAGAAUGGACAGACCGGACAGAACGGCCAGACUGGACAGAACGGUCAGACUGGACAGAACGGUCAGGGCCAGGGCCGUGGCCGUGGUGGACGUGGACGCGGCCGUGGUGGACGAAAGGGUGCCGCCACUUCUGCUGCUGCCGGUGCUGCCGCUACUCCCACUGCCGCCGCUGCUCCUACUGAUGGCUCCGGUAACGUCGCUGUCUCUGCUGCCGCUGGCAAGGGUGGUGCCGCCGGCUCUGUUGCUCUUGGAGGAAUCGCUGCUCCCCCCGUCACUCAGUCUGGCAACCAGGACAGACCCUUUGACGUCCAGGGCAACACCUUCACCACAAAGGCUGCUGCCAUCCAGCGAGCCUGUGACAUUCAGAACAACCAGUGCGCUGAUGCCGUCAACAGCCAGCAGCUGAGCGGCGUCACCGUCGGUGACUGCCAGACUCAGGUUGCCACCUGCACUUCAAACCUUGCUGCCUCAUCAUAA